UUAUCUUCAGAGCAUAAUAUGAUGAAGUCAAUAAUCUUUGCUGCUGCGAUACUUGUAUUUCUUGGGAUAGGUUUCCAAGAAUCAGCACUGUCUUUAAUUCGAGUUUCAGUCGGAACUGUAGUCUUGGCUAUUACGGGAAUAGUCGGAGUGAUUUUUGCAAGUUAUGUGAAACAAGUUUACUAUAAGAAGAAUAGGCCACCUGUGGCUGGACCGGUCUUUCUCCAGUUGUUAAACUUCGAUAAAAUAUUUGAUUAUCUCACUGAUCAUGCCAAGAAGAACAUCACUUUUCGUAUGAUUGCUCCUACUCACAGUGAAAUUUAUACUGCUGAUCCUGUUGUUGUCGAGUAUAUUCUCAAGACCAAUUUUCCGAAUUAUGAAAAGGGGCCGCGCAAUAUUCGGAUCUUUUAUGAUCUUCUCGGGGAGGGAAUUUUUGCAGUGGACGGAGAUAAAUGGCGCCACCAGCGGAAGCUUGCAAGUCAUGAGUUUUCGACAAGAGUCUUGAGAGAUUUUAGUACUGUUGUAUUUAGAAAAAAUUCUGCGAAACUUGUUUCACAUAUUUCUGAAAUAGCCACUGGUAAAGAGGUGAUAAACUUGCAGGAUUUGUUCAUGAAGUCAACUUUAGAUUCGAUAUUUAAGGUGGGGUUUGGGUUCGAUCUGGAUACUCUGUCUGGCUCUGAUGAAUCGAGUAAUCGGUUUAUGAAAGCCUUUGAUGACUCCAAUAACCUUGUGUUCUGGAGAUAUGCUGAUUUAGUAUGGAGGAUCAAAAGGCUUUUCAAUGUCGGUUCUGAAGCUUCUUUGAGGGAAAACAUUGUAGUCAUUGACAACUUUGUUUAUGACCUCAUCCACCGCAAGAGGGAGCUGAUGAAUUCUGAAAAGCUUGAUGGUGGGAAAGAAGACAUACUUUCGAGGUUUCUUGCUGAGAGUAAAACAGAUCCUGAGAACAUGACUGACAAAUAUUUGCGAGAUAUAACACUCAGUUUUGUUAUUGCUGGAAAAGACACUUCAGCGGGAACACUUACUUGGUUCUUUUACAUGUUGUGCAAACACCCGUUGAUUCAAGAAAAAGUGGCGCGAGAAGUGAGGGCUGCAACUCAAACUGAGAGUAGCUUUACAGAUGAGUUUCAUGAGAAAUUAACUGAAGCUGCACUGGAUAAAAUGCAUUACCUUCAUGCAGCUUUAACCGAGACUCUCAGACUCUAUCCUGCAGUUCCUGUGGAUGGCAGGGCUGCCUGUGAAGAUGAUAUUUUGCCAGAUGGAUUGGAGGUGAAGAAGGGAGAUGGUGUGACCUACAUGGCUUAUGCAAUGGGAAGAAUGCCAUCAAUUUGGGGAGAGGAUGCUGAGGAAUUUCGACCUGAAAGAUGGCUUGACAAUGGUGUAUUCAAACCGGAAAGUCCAUUUAUAUUUACUGCAUUCCAGGCUGGGCCUCGAAUAUGCCUUGGCAAGGAAUUUGCUUAUAGACAAAUGAAAAUCUUAGCUGCCGCUCUUCUCUACUACUUCAAAUUCAGACUGGCAAAUGAGGAUGAAGAGGCUACGUAUCGGGUCAUGAUGACUCUUCACAUGAGUAAAGGCCUGCAUCUAUAUGCAAUUCCCCGGAAAUAAGCGUUUAGAAUUGCAAAUGGCUGGUUAAUUGUACUGCACAUAUUGCUUGUAAUGAAAACUCAAAGAAUGUACUAGUAUUAUGUAAUUUCCAACA